AUGCUAGACCCUUCCCGCCCCAUUCUCCCACUUUCCAUCAGCCCGCCCCCUUCUCUCUCCUUCCAUCACCCCGCCCCAUUCUCCCUCCUUCCAUCACCCUGCCCAAUUCUUCCGCUUUCCAUCAGCCCGCCCCAUUCUCCCGCUUUCCGUCACCCCUCCCUUUUCUCCCGCAUUCCAUCUCCCCGCCCCAUUCCCCCGCUUUCCAUCACCCCUCCCCAUUCUCCCUCCUUCCAUCACCCCGCUCCAUUCUCUCGCUUUCCAUCACCGCGCCCCAUUCUCCCGCUUUCCAUCACCCUGCCCCAUUCUCCCUCCUUCCAUCACCCCGCCCCAUUCUCCCGCUUUCCAUCACCCCGCCCCAUUCUCCCUCCUUCCAUCACCCCGCCCCAUUCUCCCUCAUUCCAUCACCCUGCCCCAUUCUCCCGCUUUCCAUCACCGCGCCCCAUUCUCCCGAUUCCCAUAACCCAACCCCAUUCCCCCGCUUUCCAUCACCCCGCCACAUUUUCCCACUUUCCAUCACCCCGCCCCCUUCUCUCUCCUUCCAUCACCCCACCCCAUUCUCCCUCCUUCCAUCAACCCGCCCCAUUCUCCCGCUUUCCAUCAGCCGGCCCCAUUCUCCCGCUUUCCAUCACCCCGCCCCUUUCUCCCGCUUUCCAUCUCCAUGCCCCAUUCUCCCGCUUUCCAUCACCCCGCCCCAUUCUCCCGCUUUCCAUCACCCAGCCCCAUUCUCCCGCUUUCUGUCACCCCGCCCCAUUUUCCCGCUUUCCAUCACCCCGCCCCAUUCUCCCGCUUUCCAUCACCCUGCCCCAAUCUCCCGCUUUCCAUCACCCCACCCCAUUCUCCCUCCUUCCAUCACCCCGCCCCAUUCUCCCGCUUUCUAUCACCCCGCCCCAUUCUCCUGCUUUCCAUCACCCAGCCUCAUUCUCCCGCUUUCCAUCACCCCGCCCCAUUCUCCCGCUUUCCAUCACCCCGCCCCAUUCUCCCGCUUUCCAUCACCCCACCCCAUUCUCCCUCCUUCCAUCUCCCCGCCCCAUUCUCCUGCUUUCCAUCACCCCGUCCCAUUCUCCCUCCUUCCAUCACCCCGCCCAAUUCUCCCUCCUUCCAUCACCCCGCCCCAUUCUCCAGCUUUUCAUCAGCCCGCCCCAUUCUCCCGCUUCCCAUAACCCCACCCCCUUCUCCCGCUUUCGAUCACCCCGCCACAUUCUCCCGCUUUCUAUCACCCCGCCCCAUUCUCCCUCCUUCCAUCACCCCGCCCCAUUCUUCCGCUUUCCAUCACCCCGCCCCAUUCUACCGCUUUCCAUCAUCCCGCCCCAUUCUCCCUCCUUCCAUCACCCCGCCCCAUUCUCCCGCUUUCCAUCACUCCGCCCCAUUCUCCCUCCUUCCAUCACCCCGCCCCAUUCUCCCUCCUUCCAUCACCCCGGCCCAUUCUCCCGCUUUCCAUCACCCCGCCCCAUUCUCCUGCUUCCCAUAACCCCACCCUAUUCUCCCGCUUUCCAUCACCCUGCCACAUUCUCCCACUUUCCACCACCCCGCCCCCUUCUCUCUCCCUCCAUCACCCCGCCCCAUUCUCCCUCCUUCCAUCAACCCGCCCGAAUCUCCCGCUUUCCAUCAGCCCGCCCCAUUCUCCCGCUUUCCAUCACCCCUCCCGUUUCUCCCACUUUCCAUCUCCCCGCCCCAUUCUCCCGCUUUCCAUCACCCCGCCCCAUUCUCCCGCUUUCCAUCACCCCGCCCCAUUCUCCCUCCUUCCAUCACCCCGCCCCAUUCUCCCUCAUUCCAUCACCCCGCCCCAUUCUCCCACUUUCCAUCAUCCCGCCCCAUUCUACCUCCUUCCAUCAUCCCGCCCCAUUCUUCCGCUUUCCAUCACUCCGCCCAUUCUCCCUCCUUCCAUCACCCCUCCCCAUUCUCCCUCCUUCCAUCACCCCGCCCCAUUCUCCUGCUUUCCAUCACCCCGCCCCAUUCUCCUGCUUUCCAUCACCCCCUUUCCAUCAUCCCGCCCCAUUCUCCCUCCUUCCAUCACCCCGCCCCAUUCUCCCGCUUUCCAUCACUCCGCCCCAUUCUCCCUCCUUCCAUCACCCCGCCCCAUUCUCCCUCCUUCCAUCACCCCGCCCCAUUCUCCCGCUUUCCAUCACCCCGCCCCAUUCUCCCGCUUCCCAUAACCCCACUCCAUUCUCCCGCUUUCCAUCACCCCGCCACAUUUUCCCACUUUCCAUCACCCCGCCCCCUUCUCUCUCCUUCCAUCACCCCGCCCCAUUCUCCCUCCUUCCAUCACCCCGCCCCAUUCUCCUGCUUUCCAUCAGCCCGCCCCAUUCUCCCGCUUUCCAUCACCCCGCCCCUUUCUCCCGCUUUCCAUCUCCCCGCCCCAUUCUCCCGCUUUCCGUCACCCCGCUCCAUUCUCCCGCUUUCCAUCACCCCGCCCCAUUCUUCCGCUUCCCAUCAUCCCGCCCCUUUUCCCCGCUUUCCAUCACCCCUCCCCAUUCUCCCUCCUUCCAUCACCCCGCCCCAUUCUCCCGCUUUCCAUCACACCCCCUCAAUCUUCUGCUUUCCAUCACCCCGCCCCAUUCUCCCGCUUUCCAUCACCCUGCCCCAUUCACCCGCUUUCUAUCACCCGCCCCAUUCUCCCGCUUUCCAUCACCCCGCCCCAUUCUCCCGCUUUCCAUCACCCCACCCCAUUCUCCCGCUUUCCAUCCCCCCGCCCCAUUCUCCCGCUUUCCAUCACCGCGCCCCAUUCUCCCGCUUUCCAUCACUCUGCCCCAUUCUCCCGCUUUCCAUCACCCCGACCCAUUCUCCCACUUUCCAUCACCCCGCCCCAUUCUCCCUCCUUCCAUCACCCCGCCUCAUUCUCCCUCCUUCCAUAACCCCGCCCCAUUCUCCCACUUUCCAUCACCCCGCCCCAUUCUCACGCUUUCGAUCACCCCGCCCCAUUCUCCCGCUUUUCCUCACCCCGCCCCAUUCUCCCGCUUUCCAUCACCCCGCCCCAUUCUCCCACUUUCCCUCACCCCGCAACCACCCGCCCCAUUCUCACUCUUUCCAUCACCCCACCCCAUUCUUCCUCCUUCCAUCACCCCGCCCCAUUCGCCUGAUUUCCAUCGCCCCGCCCAAUUCUCCCGUUUUCCAUCACCCCGCCCCAUUCUCCCACUAUCCAUCACCCCGCCUCAUUAUCCCGCUUUCCAUCACCCCGCCCCAUUCUCUCGCUUUCCAUCACCCCGCUCAUUCUCUCGCUUUCCAUCAACCCGCCCCAUUCUCCCGCUUUCCAUCACCCCGCCCCAUUCUCCCGCUUUCCAUCAUCCCACGCCAUUCUCCCUCCUUCCAUCGCCCCGCCCCUUUCUCCCGCUUUCCAUCGCCCUGCCCCAUUCUCCCGCUUUCCAUCACCCCGCCCCAUUCUCCCGCUUCCCAUCACCCCGCCCCAUUCUCCCGCUUUCCAUCACUCCGCCCCAUUCUCCCAAUCUCCAUCACCCCGCCCCAUUCUCCCUCCUUCCAUCACCCCGCCCCAUUCUCCCUCCUUCCAUCACCCCGCCUUAUUCUCCCGCUUUCCAUCACCCCGCCCCAUUCUCCCGCUUUCCAUCACCCCGCCCCAUUCUCCCGCUUUCCAUCACCCCGCCCCAUUCUCCCGCUUUCCAUCACCCCGCCCCAUUCUCCCUCCUUCCAUCACCCCGCCUCAUUCUCCCUCCUUCCAUAACCCCGCCCCAUUCUCCCACUUUCCAUCACCCCGCCCCAUUCUCACACUUUCGAUCACCCCGCCCCAUUCUCCCGCUUUUCCUCACCCCGCCCCAUUCUCCCGCUUUCCAUCACCCCGCCCCAUUCUCCCACUUUCCCUCACCCCGCAACCACCCGCCCCAUUCUCACUCUUUCCAUCACCCCACCCCAUUCUUCCUCCUUCCAUCACCCCGCCCCAUUCGCCUGAUUUCCAUCGCCCCGCCCAAUUCUCCCGUUUUCCAUCACCCCGCCCCAUUCUCCCACUAUCCAUCACCCCGCCUCAUUAUCCCGCUUUCCAUCACCCUACCCCAUUCUCUCGCUUUCCAUCACCCCGCUCAUUCUCUCGCUUUCCAUCAACCCGCCCCAUUCUCCCGCUUUCCAUCACCCCGCCCCAUUCUCCCGCUUUCCAUCAUCCCACGCCAUUCUCCCUCCUUCCAUCGCCCCGCCCCUUUCUCCCGCUUUCCAUCGCCCUGCCCCAUUCUCCCGCUUUCCAUCACCCGGCCCCAUUCUCCCGCUUCCCAUCACCCCGCCCCAUUCUCCUGCUUUCCAUUACUCCGCCCCAUUCUCCCAAUCUCCAUCACCCCGCCCCAUUCUCCCUCCUUCCAUCACCCCGCCCCAUUCUCCCUCCUUCCAUCACCCCGCCCCAUUCUCCCGCUUUCCAUCACCCCGCCCCAUUCUCCCGCUUUCCAUCACCCCGCCCCAUUCUCCCGCUUUCCAUCACCCCGCCCCAUUCUCCCGCUUUCCAUCACCCCGCCCCAUUCUCCCUCCUUCCAUCACCCCGCCCCAUUCUCCCGCUUUCCAUCACCCCGCCCCAGUCUCUCGCUUUCCAUCAACCCGCCCCAUUCUCCCGCUUUCCAUCACCCCGCCCCAUUCUCCCUCCUUAACCCCGCCCCAUUCUCCCUCCUUCCAUCACCCCGCCCCAUUCUCACUCCUUCUAUCACCCCGCCCCAUUCUCCAGCUUUCAAUCACCUCGCCCCAUUCUCCCGCUUUCCAUCACCCUGCCCCAUUCUAACGCUUUCCAUCACCCCGCCCCAUUCUCCCGCUUUCCAUAGCCCCGCCCCAUUCUCCCGCUUUCCAUCACCCCGCCCCUAUCUCCUGCUUUCCAUCACCGCACCCCGUUCUCCCGCUUUCCAUCACACCGCCCCAUUCUCCCGCUUUCCAUCACCCCGCCCCGUUCUCCCGCUUUCGAUCACCCCACCCCAUUCUCCUACUUUCCAUCACCCUGCCCCCUUCUCCCGCUUUCCAUCAGCCCGCCCCAUUCUCCUUCCUUCCAUCACCUCGCCCCAUUCUCCCUCCUUCCAUCACCCCGCCCCAUUCUCACUCCUUCCAUCACCCCGCCCCAUUCCCCCGCUUUCAAUCACCCCGCCCCAUUCUCCAGCUUUCCAUCACCCCGCCCCCUUAUCCCGCUUUCCAUCACCCCUCCCUAUUCACCCGCUUUCCAUCACCCUGCCCCAUUCUCCCGAAAUCCAUCAGCCCGCCCCAUUCUCCCUCCUUCCAUCACCCCGCCCCAUUCUCCCUCCUUCCAUCAACCCCCCCUUUCUCCCUCCUUUCAUAUCCCCGCCCCAUUCUCCUGCUUUCCAUCACCCCGCCCCCUUCUCCCGCUUUCCAUCACUGCGCCCCAUUCUCCCUCCUUCCAUCACCCCGCCCCAUUCUCCCGCUUUCCAUCACCCUGCCCCAUUCUCCCGUUUACCAUCACCCCGCCCCAUUCUCCCACUUUCCAUCACCCCGCCCCAUUCUCCCGCUUUCCAUCACCCCGCCCCAUUCUCCCGCUUUCCAUCACCCCGCCCCAUUCUCCCGGUUUCCAUCACUCCGCCCCAUUCUCCCGCUUUCCAUCACCCCGCCCCAUUCUCCUGCUUUCUAUCACCCCGCCCCAUUCUCCCGCUUUCCAUCACCCCUCCCCAUUCUCGUGCUUUCCAUCACCUCGCCCCAUUCUCCCGCUUUCCAUCACCCCGCCCCAUUCUCCCGCUUUCCACCACCCCACCCCAUUCUCCCGCUUUCCAUCACCCUGCCCUAUUCACCCGCUUUCCAUCACCCCGCCCCAUUCUCCCUCCUUCCAUCACCCCGCUCCAUUCUCUCGCUUUCCAUCACCCCGCCCCAUUCUCCCGUUUUCCAUCAUCCCGCCCCAUUCUCCUUCCUUCCAUCACCCCGCCCCAUUCUCCCGCUUUCCAUCACCCCGCCCCAUUCUCCCGCUUUCCAUCACCCCGCCCCAUUCUCCCGCUUUCCAUCACCCCGCCCCAUUCUCCCUCCUUCCAUAACCCCGCCCCAUUCUCCCUCCUUCCAUCACCCCGCCCCAUUCUCCUGCUUUCAAUCACCCCGCCCCAUUCUCCCACUUUCCAUCACCCCGCCCCAUUCUCCCUCCUUCCAUCACCCCGCCCCAUUCUACCUCCUUCCAUCACCCCGCCCCAUUCUCCCGCUUUCCAUCACCCCGCCCCAUUCUCCCGUUUUCCAUCACCCCGCCCCAUUCUCCCACUUUCCAUCACCCCGCCCCAUUCUCCCUCCUUCCAUCACCCCGCCCCAUUCUCCCGCUUUCCAUCACCCUGCCCCAUUCUCCCGCUUUCCAUCACCCCGCCCCAUUCUCCCGCUUUCCAUCACCCCGCCCCAUUCUCCCUCCUUCCACCACCCCGCCCCAUUCUCCCGAUUUAUAUCACCCCGGCCCAUUCUCCCUCCUUCCAUCACCCCGCCCCAUUCUCCCUCCUUCCAUCACCCCGCCCCAUUCUCCCGCUUUCCAUCACCCCACCCCAUUCUCCCUCCUUCCAUCACCCUGCCCCAUGCUCCCUCCUUCCAUUACCCCGCCCCAUUCUCCCGCUUUCCAUCACCCCGCCCCGUUCUCCUGCUUUCUAUCACCCCGCCCCGUUCUCCCGCUUUCCAUCACCCCGUCCCAUUUUCCCGCUUUCCCUCACCCCGCCCCAGUCUCCCGCUUUCCAUAGCCCCGCCCCAUUCUACCGCUUUCCAUCAUCCCGCCCCCUUCUACUGCUUUCCAUCACCAGACCCCAUUCUCCCGCUUUCCAUCACCCCGCCCCAUUCUCCCGCUUUCCAUCAUCCCGCCCUAUUCUCCCGCUUUCCAUCACCCCGCCCCAUUCUCCCGCUUUCCAUCACCCCGCCCCAUUCUCCCGCUUUCCAUCACUCCGCCCCAUUCUCCAGCUUUCCAUCACCCAGCCCAAUUCUCCUGCUUUCCAUCACCCCGCCCCAUUCUCCCGCUUUCCAUCACCCCGCCCCAUUCUCCUGCUUUCCAUCACCCCGCCCCAUUCUCCCUCCUUCUUUCACCCCGCCCCAUUGUUUCGCUUUCCAUCACCCCGCCCCAUUCUCCCGCUUUCCAUCACCCCGCCCCAUUCUCCCACUUUCCAUCACCCCACCCCAUUCUCCCGCUUUCCAUCACCCCACCCUAUUCUCCCGCGUUCAAUCACCCCGCCCCAUUCUCCCUCCUUCCAUCACCCCGCCUCAUUCUUCCUCCUUCUAUCACCCCGCCCCAUUCUCCCUCCUUCCAUCACCCCGCCCCAUUCUCCCGCUUUCCAUCACCCUGCCCCAUUCUCCCGCUUUCCAUCACCCUGCCCUAUUCUCCCGCGUUCAAUCACCCCGCCCCAUUCUCCCUCCUUCCAUCACCCCGCCUCAUUCUCCCUCCUUCCAUCACCCCGCCCCAUUCUCCCUCCUUCAAUCACCCCGCCCGAUUCUCCUACUUUCCAUCACCCUGCCCCCUUCUCCCGCUUUCCAUCACCGCGCCCCAUUCUCCCUCCUUCCAUCACCCCGCCCCAUCCUCCCUCCUUCCAUCACCCCGCCCCAUUCUCCCUCCUUCCAUCACCCCGCCCCAUUCUCCCGCUUUCCAUCACCCCGCCCCAUUCUCCCGCUUUCCAUCGCCCCGCCCCAUUCUCCCUCCUUCCUUCACCACAGCCCAUUCUCCUGCUUUCCAUCACCCCGCCCCAUUCUCCCGUUUCCAUCACCCCGCCCCAUUCUCCCGCUUUCUAUCACCCUGCCCCAUUCUCCCGCUUUCCAUCACCCCGCCCCAUUCUCCCGCUUUCCAUCACCCCGCCCCGUUCUCCCGCUUUCCAUCACCUCGCCCCAUUCUCCCGCUUUCCAUCACCCCGCCCCAUUCUCCCUCUUUCCAUCACCUCGCCCCAUUCUCCCGCUUUCCAUCACCCCGCCCCAUUCUCCCUCUUUCCAUCACCCCGCCCCAUUCUCCCUCCUUCCAUAUCUGGGAGAAGGGGGGGAUGGAAUCUUGGAGAAGGGGAUGGAAUGAGGGAGAAGGGGAUGGAAUCUGGGAGAAGGGGAUGGAAUCUGGGAGAAGGGGAUGGAAUCAAGAAGAAGGGGAUGAAAUUUGGGAGAAGGGGAUGGAAUCAGGGAGAAGGGGAUGGAAUUUGGGAGAAGGGGAUGGAAUCUGGGAGAAGGGGAUGGAAUGUGGGAGAAGGGGAUGGAAUCUGGGAGAAGCGGAUGGAAUCGGGGAGAAGGGGAUGGAAUCUGGGAGAAGGGGAUGGAAUGAGGGACAAAGGGAUGGAAUCUGGGAAAAGGGGAUGGAAACUGGGAGAAGGGGAUGGAAUCUGGGAGAAGGGGAUGGAAUAUGGGAGAAGGGGAUGGAAUCUGGGAGAAGGGAAUGGAAUCUGGAAGAAGGGGAUGGAAUCUGGGAGAAGGGGAUGGGAUCAGGGAGAAGGGGAUGGAAUCGUGGAGAAGGGAUGA